AUGCAUCAUACACUCGUUCCGCUCUGCUUCCUGGCAGCGAGCCUUCUCCCUGACUGUGCCCUAGCCCACUGGGAAUACACCAAUCUCAUCGUGGAAGGAGAGGUGAUCGGCGAGCCCUACCAAUACGUCCGCCAAAGUAACAUCUCCAACGCGCCCCUACAAAUCGUCAAUAGCACCAACAUGCGCUGCAACUCAGGCGGCUCCUCCGGCACCGCCCUGGGCACGGAGACCCUGACGGUCCAGGCUGGCGCCGAGCUUGGGUUCAAGAUCGCCUCGACGUUCGGCCACCCGGGCGUGCAGCAGGUCUACAUCUCGCCCGUCCCGGAAGGCGUCGCGGCGGCCGACUACGACGGAUCAGGCAGUUGGGCCAAGAUCUACUCGGCGAGCUACACGCUCGCCCCCAGCUCCACGGCGGGCUCGCCUGAGCCGGCCAUAGACCCCCAAAACGGCAUCAUCUGGGCCACCCGCAAGACCCACAGCUUCCGCUUCCCCCUGCCCGCCGAGCUGCCGGCGGGCGAGUAUCUCAUCCGUGCCGAGGGGCUGGCCCUCCACGCUGCGCACAAGCUGAACAACGCACAGUUCUAUGUUGGGUGCGCGCAGGUCCUUGUCGAGUCUGAAGGGGGUUCGGGUGUGUUGGGGCCGCUUGUCGAGUUCCCCGGCGCUUAUGACAACACGUCGCCUGGGGUGCUGAUCCCGGACUUUUGGACCAAGAUCAGGAACUACACGAUGCCUGGCCCAGCACUGUGGCCAGAGGGGAUGGAGGUGCAGCAUGUGGUGAAGACGCUUGAUGGCGAGCUUCCGUAA